GACAUUUUGUCUGAACGCAUCUAUGGCUGCUGCUCUGGUUCUUCCACUUCUCCUUCUAGCCAUGGCUGGCCAUUCUAGUGCCUCAUGGUGUGUGUGCAAAACAGGGCUGAGUGAUACAGUGCUACAGAACACCCUAGACUAUGCCUGUGGAAAUGGAGCAGACUGUAACCCCACUCACCCAAAAGCACCUUGCUUUAACCCUGACAAUGUUAGGUCUCAUUGCAACUAUGCAGUCAACAGCUUCUUCCAAAAGAAGCACCAGGCUCCAGGCACUUGUGACUUCAGUGGCACUGCCACUCCAACUAACACUGAUCCAAGUUAUUCAGGAUGUACAUUCCCUACUAGUGCCAGUGGCUCUAGUAGCUCUAGUGGCUCUACGGGCAGCACCACUAUGACACCAGGCACAACCAAUCCAAAAGGCAGCUCAAGCAGCACCACAUUUCCUGGUGGCAACAGCCCUUUUUCAGGAACCUCAACCAAUGGAGUUUUUGGAAACAAUAGCACUGGGAUUAACCCGGACUACUCAACAACAGAUAGCAGCGCGUUUGCACUCAAGAACUCAAGCAAAUUCCUCACCUGCCUUCUCUUGAUCGCUUUGAGUGUAUUCUCUUCUUUCUUGAUCCUUUAAGAAUGUUAAUGUUCUCUGGUUUUUGUUGGUGCACCUAUUGUCUCAAAUGACAUUGAGUCUAGCUUAGUGAUAAUCUAUGUCUGUCUGUUCUGAGUCUCUCUCUAUGUUAUGGUCUUGUUAUAAGAAGAUUUCAUCUCAUGCUUUCACUUUUACCUCUUAGCCAAG